AUGGCUGCUGCCGAGGGCUUAGACUGGUUUCCAAAGGUUCAGUUUUGGGCGAGUUUGGGCUGUGAGGUGACGGGCGCGCUGGUGAUCGUGGAGGAGCAGGAGCCCAUCCAGCCUGCAAGGCGUGGAGGCAUUGUGACGCCAGCGUUCGCCUUCCACGGCACGAGCUACGUACGCCGCCUCGAGGCCCAGGCUUUCGCUGGGGCGAAAGGUGGUCGGCGGAUGAGCUUCAGGAAUCUUCGCGUGCUCUCGCAUGUUCUCAUGCUCUGGAAACCCGGUUGA